GGCACCCGCUCACUGCGCCUGCGCAUGUCACACACACACACUCGCGUGGCCUUCGCGAAGGUGUCGCUGUCAAGAAACGUGUCCUGUGCGCUACGCCGUCUGUUUCUAGGGCAACGCCGGCGUCUCUUAGCAACCGCGCGCGGCCUAGGUGGGUCCCACCGGAACCCCCAGCCCUGCUAUGGCGACCGCGAGUCCUAGCGUCUUUCUACUCAUGGUCAACGGGCAGGUGGAGAGCGCCCAGUUUCCAGAGUAUGAUGACCUCUACUGCAAGUACUGCUUUGUGUACGGCCAGGACUGGGACCCCACAGCGGGUCUGGAGGAGGGGAUCUCACAGAUCACAUCCAAGAGCCAAGAUGUGCGGCAAGCACUGGUGUGGAACUUCCCCAUUGAUGUCACCUUUAAAAGCACCAACCCCUACGGCUGGCCACAGAUCGUGCUCAGCGUGUAUGGACCAGAUGUGUUCGGGAACGAUGUGGUUCGCGGCUAUGGGGCUGUGCACGUGCCCUUCUCACCUGGCCGGCACAAAAGGACCAUUCCCAUGUUUGUCCCAGAAUCUACAUCUAAACUGCAGAAAUUUACAAGGCCAACUCUGCGGCAGCCGAGAGCCCCUCCCUGGCCAGGGCCCCUCUGCAGCAGCCCCAGCUGGUUCAUGGGGCGGCGGCCCGAGUACACAGACCCCAAGGUGGUGGCUCAGGGUGAAGGCCGGGAAGUGACCCGUGUCCGUUCUCAGGGCUUUGUCACCCUCCUCUUCAACGUGGUGACCAAGGACAUGAGGAAACUGGGCUACGACACUGGGCCUUCUGACACACAGGGUGUGUCGGGGCCCAACCCGCCCCAGCGCUUCCCCCAGUGAAGGCUCCACAGGCUGCCCAGUCUCUGAUAAUGAAGGGCUGCCUUCCCGGAGUCAGCCGCUGGCCAUCGGCCUGAAGGGCAGCCUGGUGGCCAGAGCUGGGGGCACACAGAAUAGUUUUAUAUAAUAAAGUCUCAUUUUCAGAGA